AUGAUAUCUACAAGAACAUGUAUCAUCAACUGGGCCUGCUGCUGUCAUUCUGUCACUAAACUGGAGAACUCACCUGUGUCACCACCAUCUUCUUCUCCUGCCCUAGGGAAGUUCUUCGGAGUUGCCCUGCCGAACAUUUGCGACUAUGGCGAUAUUCCUUUACCUCUCUACGAUGUUCUUUUUUUCCUCAACGCCAAGGGACCCCUGACGGCUGGCAUCUUCUGGGUCCCCGGUGACAGUGACUCCUGCAAAGACAUUAUUGAAAAACUGGAUGCAGGAGUUGAAAUUGAUCUUGGGCGUGAAAAUCCCUAUGUCUUAGCAUGUGUGCUAAAGGAUUUUCUAAAAAACAUUCCGGAAAGCAUUUUUGCCAAAAGGCUCUAUCACGAGUGGCUGUCCGUAAUGGAGAUAAGCAGCGACAGACAGAAAAUUGAAAAAAUUAAAAGGCUAUUAGACCAGCUACCAAGAGCAAACGUUGUGCUCUUACGGUACGUGUUCCUGGUCUUAAGUAAUAUCGCUGAACUCUCCGCGGCAAAUGAAAUGGAUGCUUUACACUUAGGGGUGUGUAUGGCUCCAAGUAUUAUUUGUCAUCCUUCUGCGAGCAGAGAAGAAAUGGCCUCUGCAGAAAAGCUUGUGGAAUUUGUGAUAAAAAACUGCCGCAAGAUCUUUGGAGGACACGUCACUGCCCUGUUUGGAGAGUCAUCCGGAAUAUAAAAUACUCAAGAAAAACCCUCAGAUACAUCUAGCUUUCCAGAGAGCAAUGCUUCCUCAUGUGAGAGCUUGAAGAAAAAAAGCGACUGUGCUGCUGGCCCACAGUGUGAUGAAUCAAAGAAAAUGGUCCAAUUGAAUUGAAGCAUUGACUCGCUUAUAAUGUCUCUGGACUCUGGCCUUGAUGCCCUUGAAUUCUAAAUGAGCUUCAGAGCCUCCUGUAUGACUUUUAGUUCAGGUGGACCAGCCUCCUAAAGACAAGCCGAUGGAUGUAACAAUGUGCAGAGAUAUUCCACCACAGAAUCCUGCCAAGAUUCUGUCUGGCACUUGUCCACAGCUGCAGCAUGUUAAAAAAAAAAAAAUAGAAAAUGCUAUAAGCUGUCCUGUAUAAGCUCCACCUGAUCUUCAAGGCUAAUUCUAUCACAUUAACAGCUGUGGCUCACCUGUAGCCCUAGCUACUUGGGAGCUGAUUUCCCAGCAGAAACUUUGUAGGCCAGAUGAAGAGUUCAUAUCUUGAAUGGACUUCAACAAAUUUCUGACAAUGUAGCAUUCUUUAACCUGCAAACUACAGUUCAUAUUUGAUGGAGGAAUCAAAUCUUCUCCUGACAUGCAAACAAAAAGUGAAGCUGAAUAGCUCCUAUCUUGAGAAAAUACAUCUAAUUUUCAUGAAGAAAUCAAGACUGAGGAUAAAAAGUUGGAAAAGUUUGAAACUAAGCAUGAAAGUGCACAAAGUCAGGCCAUUCAACACAAUGAGGAGGAGGAAGAGGAGGAUGAGGAAGAGGAAGACGAGGAAGAGGAGGAAGAAGAGGAGGAGAAGGAGGAGUCCAAACCAAGAGUGAAAAUGAUAUUGCUAAUGUUUUUAAUCUCAGAUUGAUUAUUCAGUAUGAAUUACUAAAAAAUUAAUAAAUGGUUCACCAAGUUGAUUAUUGGGGAGGAUUAAAAAGUUUAGAUAAAAGAAUGCAAUGAAAAAGGUCUGAAUUUUUAGCCAAAAAGUCAUGGCUCUUCCAUCAUGAAAAAGCACCAGUUCACACAGCACUGUCUGUGAGGGAGUUAAGAGCAAGCAACAUCAUUUUCACGCUUGGUUUGGACUCCUCCUCCUUCUCCUCUUCCUCCUCCUCUUCC